AUGAUUGUAGCAAUAGUAUUAGCAUUGGCAGUGGGUCUUCUUGGAUGGGUUUAUCAAGCACUGAAACCUCCACCUCCUAAGAUAUGUGGAUCUACAAACGGCCCUCCACUGACUUCACCCAGAGUAAAGCUCAGGGAUGGCAGGCAUUUGGCCUACAGGGAAGUAGGCGUUCCAAAGGAAGAAGCUCAAUACAAAAUCAUUAUUUGCCAUAGCUACAAUAACUCCAAAGACAUGCACUUACCUGCCUCUCAAGAAUUUAUAGAGGAGAUUAAGCUAUACAUAGUAUUAUUCGACAGAGCUGGUUAUGGCGAGAGCGACCCAUAUCCAGCACGUUCAGUGAAGUCCGAAGCUUUUGACAUUCAAGAAUUAGCAGACAAAUUACAACUCGGCACAAAAUUUUACGUAAUGGGAUGGUCAAUGGGAGCAUGCUCUAUUUGGAGCUGUCUAAAUUACAUUCCACACAGACUCUUAGGAGCUUCCCUUGUGGUUCCUUUAGUGAAUUACUGGUGGCCUUCCGUUCCUUCAGCUUUAUCACGACAGGCUUUUAGGAGCAUUCCUCCAUCUUUCCAACAGACAUUUCGGGUUGCACGUUACACACCUUGGUUAUACUACUGGUGGAGGACCCAAAAAUGGUUCCCAAGGUUGGUGGGUGAUGACACACCCUGUGAUUCAGAUUUAGAGAUAUUAAAGAGUCUUUCAGGACACCUAAAUCAUAACCAGGAAAAAGUGACGCAACAAGGUGAACACGAAUCGCUUAAUCGAGACAUACUGGCUUCUUUUGGAUCAAAAUGGGAGUUUGAUCCCAUCGUCGACUUGAGUAAUCCGUUCCCUGACAACAAUGGCUCUGUUCAUAUUUGGCAAGGUUGUGAAGAUCGCAUCAUUCCUAUUGCAUUUACUCGUUUUAUAGCAGAGAAACUUCCGUGGAUUCAGUAUCAUGAGGUUCUUAAUGGUGGGCAUCUAAUAAUUCAUGAUGCUGAAAAGUUUGAAGCCAUAGUGAGGGCACUUUUGGCCAGAUAA